AGAACCGGAAACGGUUGCCGUUUCAAGGGAGGUGGGACUGGGCGGGUCAGGCCGCAGCGGCUGACGGCGGGGGAGGAGCCGGGUCCACUGCCGGGUGGAGGGGCCAGGCGAGUGUCCUUAUCCUAGCGUUUGGGGCUCGGGCCUGUACAGUUGGAGUAGCAGCGGCGAGAACGAUUGGGCCGAAAGGGGGAAGACAUGUUGCUCUUCGUGGAGCAGGUAACAUCUAAAGGAACUGGUUUAAAUCCUAAUGCCAAAGUAUGGCAAGAGAUUCCUCCUGGAAAUACUGAUGCCACUCCAGUAACUCAUGGAACUGAAAGCUCUUGGCAUGAAACAGCAGCCACAUCAGGGUCCCAUCCUGAGGGUAAUACAGAGCUUUCAGAUGAUAUGUGUAAGGAAUAUGAAGUAAUGUAUUCAUCUUGUGAAACCACAAGAAAUUCUACAGGCAUUGAAGAAUCAACUGAUGGAAUGAUUUUAGGGCCGGAAGAUCUGAGUUACCAAAUAUAUGACGUUUCUGGAGAAAGCAAUUCAGCAAUUUCUACAGAAGACCUAAAAGAAUGUCUGAAGAAACAAUUAGAAUUCUGUUUUUCACGAGAAAAUUUGUCAAAGGAUCUUUACCUGAUAUCGCAAAUGGACAGUGAUCAAUUUAUCCCAAUUUGGACUGUUGCCAACAUGGAAGAAAUAAAAAAGCUAACCACAGACCCUGAUCUAAUUCUUGAAGUGUUGAGAUCUUCUCCCAUGGUACAAGUUGAUGAGAAGGGCGAGAAAGUGAGACCAAGUCAUAAGCGUUGUAUUGUGAUUCUUAGAGAGAUUCCUGAAACAACACCAAUAGAGGAAGUGAAAGCUUUGUUCAAAAAUGAAAACUGUCCCAAGGUGAUAAGUUGUGAGUUUGCACACAAUAGCAACUGGUAUGUCACUUUCCAGUCAGACACAGAUGCACAAGAGGCUUUUAAAUACUUGAGAGAAGAAGUUAAAACAUUUCAGGGCAAGCCAAUCAUGGCAAGGAUAAAAGCCAUCAAUACAUUUUUUGCUAAGAAUGGUUAUCGAUUAAUGGACUCUAGUAUGUAUAGUCAGCCCAUUCAAACUCAAGCACAGUAUGCCUCACCAGUCUUUAUGCAGCCUGUAUAUAAUCCUCAUCAACAGUACUCAGUCUAUAGUAUUGUGCCUCAGUCUUGGUCUCCAAAUCCUGCACCUUACUUUGAAACACCACUGGCUCCUUUUCCCAAUGGUAGUUUUGUGAAUGGCUUUAAUUCACCAGGAUCUUAUAAAACAAAUGUUGCUGCUGUGAAUAUGGGUCGACCAUUCCAAAAAAAUAUGACUUUUCUCUUGCCGGAUCUUGUUCUUCCAGUUGAUUCUUUUUGGCAAGGAGACCACAUAAUAGGUGUGAAGCCUCAUUUUAGGUCAUCAGGUGGUUCAGAACACUCAACAGAGGUCUCUGUGUCAUUGGGGGAUGGACCAUUAAACAGAUCUGGUUCAAGGAACUUACCAACUGAACGGCAUAACCCUGCAGUAACAGUGCAUCAGGAGCAGAGCUACCUGCCAAAGGAGACUCCCACUUUGCAGAUUGAACAGAAUGGGGACUAUGGUAGGGGCAGGAGAACUCUUUUCAGAGGUCGAAGACGACGAGAAGAGGACAGAAUCCCAAGACCCCAUCCUUCAGCAGCUGAAGCUAAGGCUCCAACACCAAAGUUUGACUUAUUAGCCUCAAAUUUUCCUCCUUUACCUGGGAGUUCAUCAAGAACACCAGGUGAACUUGUUUUGGAGAGUAGGAUGUCUGAUGUUGUUAAAGGUGUCUACAAAGAAAAGGAUAAUGAAGAGUUGAGAGUUAGUUGUCCAGUGCCUGCAGAGGAUGAACAGACAGACCGCACCUCUGCCCAACAACUCAGUAUGAAUACUACUCCUCCAUGUACAGCUGAGCCUCCUGCAUUAAGCACAACUCAGCAAGAAAAGGAUUUACUAGAGGAUUCCACCGUUCAGAAGGAUGUUCUCAACCAGACGACUGUAUCAGUUUCUUCUCCCCCAAGCACUGCAAAGCCAUCAAGGACGAAUACUGCUUCCCCCUGUAAUAGUAACAUAAAUGCAGCUGUAACUGUGGCCCUGCAGGAACCCCGAAAGCUAAGUUAUGCUGAAGUGUGCCAGAAGCCCCCUAAAGAGCCAUCUCCAGUUCCUGUGCAGCCACUACGAGAACUUCGCUCCAAUGUAGUGUCUCCCACCAAAAAUGAAGAGAAUGGAGCUCCUGAGAAGUCCAUUGAGAAACCACAUGAGAAGCCAGAAGCAAGGGCUAGUAAGGAUUAUUCUGGCUUCCGAGGCAAUACCAUUCCUAGGGGAACAGCUGGAAAAAUCAGGGAACAGAGACGCCAGUUUGGCCAUAGGGCUAUACCUCAGGGAGUGACUCGACGUAACGGCAAAGAGCAAUAUGUGCCACCCAGAUCACCAAAGUAAAAAAACAAACAACAACAAAAAAACUAUUCAAAAACUUCUCUCUCUUCCCAUUAAACUUGAGCCGCUGUGGCAGUACCGAACUGUUUUGGAGGGGAGCGGGUAGCCAGGAAGGAAACAGGAGAAAGUCUGUCUUUAAAUCAUUAUGGAUUUUGGAGUUGUGAGCAGUAGAAUCCCAAAAUUCAUCUCUAAAGUGAUUUUAAAAUGCUGGAGGAGUCCAAUCAGUAUAAAUAUAUAUAUAUGUAUACAUAUAUAAAAAUAUAAUUUUUCUAUUUUUGUUUUUGAUUUUAAUUUGCAGAGAUCUUCUGCCUGGAAUCAAUUUUGAGGGUUCAGAUUUAGCUUGGGGGAAAAACAUAUUACACAUCCUUCAGUAUAAGAGAUGAGGGAGUGAGAGAAAAUAUUUUUUGAAGAAGCAUUUCUGUAAAAUUAGAAAUUUUUUUAAUCUAUUUAAAGUUUGGCUUGGAAAAUGCCAUCUCUGCCUAUAUGGCCUUGUGUUGCAAAGCAGAUCAGUGGCUGGGAUGCCUGUUGUGUGAGUGUGUGCACGAGUGAUCGGAGCCAAAUCUGUUGUCAUGUUAGUAAAUGAUUUGAAAAUUGAAUGUACUACGUACUUGAGUAGAUUUUUUUUCCAGUUUGAAAUGUAGUCUCUUUUUGACCUUACUGAUAUUUCAUUCAACAUGAAGCUGUUAAAACCCUGAUUGUACUUGGAGAUGACUACCAAUCAGUUUGAUACUCAAGGAAAGAAUGGGGGUUAUUAAAAAAUUGAAAAUCUGUCUUAGAUCUGAGUGGAUAGGUCAAAUGAACUUUAGAGGUGUAAACUGCUCUGUGAUUUUUUUCCCCCCUAAAAUAGGAAACAACUUUUUUGGUUACUUCAUUUGUUAGUCUCUGUUCUUUGACUACCAACCCCCAAAAGCAAAAUAACCAAACACCUAUGUAAUUGUAUGUUUCUAACUGCCUUGACCAGUCAAAUCUCAUAACUGUUCUAAAUUUCUGAAUUAAACAGUUAAGUAUUUUACUCUUCCGUUCAAGUAUUUAGAACUUCAGAUCCCAGAAUGGUAGGGCAGACUGACCCUACAGUAAUUUAUUUGUGUUAGUAUUAAAGAUGAAACAUUAAUUGACUCUCUUAAAGUGUUGAAUAGUGUAGAAGUAAAAAGAAUUUUUUAAAGGCUUAAUUUGGGGGCAGCUUUUUCUAUUUACAGUGUAUUUAUCGCCUGCCUUCCUUCCCUUUCUCAAAAAAUAAAAAAAUAAAAAAUAAAAAAAUACAGUUUGGAAUUCACAGAAACAGAACCAGCAAGAUUUUUGAGUUAAGGUGAGAAAGGAAAGAUAGUGGAAGAAAAUUAAUACAUAAUUUCUCAGUGAAUAAAGUUAUAGCUCUCAUAUUAAAUAAGCAAGUUUACAUGCUGGUAUUUAGAAAAUGGCUAAAAUGUUAAAAACCAUGUUACAUUAAUCUGUUUUAAGUCAUACCAUUUUCAGAGUUCUGUGUAAAGUGGGGUUUGUUUUCUUUUUAGGGAUAGUUUGUAAUAGUAAUAACUGUCCCUUAUAUUAAGUGAAUUACAUAUGUACAAAUUGAAACUGUAAUUUGUGAACACUGGAAAGCACCAUUGUGACAUAGAGUAAACAUCUUAGUAAUAUAUUAAAAUGAAUGUAAAUGGAAGUUAAAAUUACAUUACUGUGAAACUCAUCUUCCAACUCUUCAGUUAAGCUUUGGAGAUUUGUAUUAGUAGGUAACUGUUCAAAGCUUUGAAAACACUGCACAUUUCUGUACAAGCCAGAAUUACCAUUUCUUUGUAACUUAUUCAGCUUGGCAAUUGCUUUUGAUUUGGUGGAUUCAUAACGUGGUGUAAUAUAUUUAAGUAGUUUGGAACUAUUCAUUUCUACACACUAUUUUUUUAAAUCAUCUACUAGACGAAACAUACAAUUAAACUGCCUGUGCUAAAAAUUUGGGGGAAGUUUAGGUUCUUUUAUGAAAAAGUAUUAAUAAUCAUUGACUACAUCUAUGAUAAAAGUGCUUAUUUUGGUUUACUUAGAUAAUGCUGCAGUUGGUGGAAAUGAUAAACAUUUAAAGUGUUAACACUCUGUGAAUGCAUUGGAUUUAAGAGAAUAAACAUUUUAUAAAAAUCA